GCUGUUACUCCUAGAGCUUUCUGAGGAUUUGGGAAGUAAAACAGGACUGCUUACUCCUCUGCAUCCCAUGUUUCAUGAAACUUUUGCAAUAUCCAUUCUUUAUUAUUCUAGAAGGCCCUGAAAUUACACAGAUUAAGACUGAUUGAAAGAACGGUUCAGCAUGAAUUCCUCUGUAUUGCUGCAUCUCAUGGUGAUGCUGGUUCAACUUUGGCCUUGUUCUCCCAGCACACAGAACUCCAGCGCUCAAAACACAGUUAAGUCUUUCACACCAGCUCGAAGAGUGAAACGUGGCUGGCUGUGGGAACCUCUUUUUGCAACUGAGGAACAGAUUUCACCAGAACCUGUGUAUAUUGGACAGCUGAAAUCAGAUUUAGACAAGGAGAAUGGCAGCUUAAAAUAUAUUUUGACUGGGGAGGGAGCUGGAAGCUUUUUUUUUAUUGAUGAAUAUAGCGGCAAAAUUUAUGUAAGACAAAAGCUGGAUCGAGAAAAGAAAUCUUUCUACACUCUAAGAGCACAAGCAAUUAACAGGAGCACUCACCUUCCUGUUGAACCUGAAUCAGAAUUUAUCAUCAAGGUUCGAGAUGUCAAUGACAAUGAACCGCAGUUCUUGGAUGGACCUUAUGUGGCCACUGUUCCAGAGAUGUCGCCUGAAGGUACUUCGGUUACACAGGUAACAGCUACAGAUGCUGAUGAUCCUUCUUAUGGGAAUAGUGCUCGUCUGAUUUACAGUCUUGUUGAGGGACAGCCUUAUUUCUCCGUGGAGCCAAAGACAGGAGUCAUUAGAAUGGCUUCCCAAAUGGAUAGAGAAACAAAAGAUCAGUAUUUGGUCAUCAUUCAAGCCAAAGAUAUGGUUGGGCAACCAGGAGCAUUUUCUGCAACAGCCACUGUUACCAUCAAUCUCUCUGACAUCAAUGACAAUCCACCUGAAUUCCAACAGCGGCUCUACUACAUGAGUGUCUCUGAAGAGGCUCCCGUGGGCACCACUGUAGGCAAAGUCUUUGCAGAAGACAGAGACAUUGGAGACAACGCAGCCAUGGACUAUUUCAUUGAAGCAGAUAGCUCAGAUGUUUUUAACAUCAUUACUAACAAUGAGACUCAAGAAGGAAUUAUCUUACUAAAAAAGAGAGUGGAUUAUGAGAGCAAAAGGAGACACAGCAUUCAAGUAAAAGCUGUAAACAGAUACAUUGAUGAGCGUUUUUUGAAAGAAGGACCAUUUGAAGACACAACCAUUGUCAAAAUCAAUGUGGAAGAUGCUGAUGAACCUCCAGUUUUCACCUUGGAGAACUAUGUGAUGGAGAUUGUUGAAGGAGCUAUGAGGGGUGCACUGGUGGGGGUCGUAACUGCCAGAGAUCCAGACAAUGAUGGGAGUCCAGUCAGGUACUCUAUUGUCCACAGCAGUCAUUUAAAGAGACUGUUCAGCAUCAAUGAACACAAUGGAGCAAUCAUUACCACUGAACCUCUGGACCGAGAGAUAGCUUCUUGGCACAACAUAACUGUUACAGCCACAGAAACAAGAAAUCCUGAAAAAAUUUCAGAAGCAAAUGUGUAUGUCCAAGUCCUUGAUGUUAAUGAUAAUGCACCAGAAUUCCCUAAAAAUUAUGAAACAUUUGUUUGUGAAAAUGCAGUUUCUGGACAGCUAAUUCAAAGUGUCAGUGCAGUGGAUCAAGAUGACUCAGCAGAAGGUCACCAUUUUUAUUUCUCAUUGGCUCAGGAGGAUGGAAACAGCUCACAUUUUACUCUCAAAGACAAUCAAGUAAUUUAUCUUCUAGAUAACACAGCUGGAAUUUUCACUGGAAAAAGUGGCUUCAGCAGGCAAGAGCAGUUUUUUUUCUACUUGCCAAUCUUAAUUCAGGAUAAUGGAACCCCACCGCUGACGAGCACAAAUACUCUCACUGUCACUGUCUGCGACUGUGACACUGAAGUUAACACCCUCUACUGCCGAUACGGAGCUUUCAUGUAUUCCUUGGGUCUCAGCACAGAGGCUUUGGUUGCUGUUUUGGCUUGCAUAUUAAUAUUCCUAGUGUUCUUUUUGGCAAUUGUAGCCAUAAGGCAGCAGCAGCAGAAGAAGCCUCCCUUUUCAGAGAAGAUGGAAGAAUUCAGAGAGAACAUUGUCAGUUAUAAUGAUGAAGGGGGCGGUGAGGAGGACACAGAAGCCUUUGAUAUUUCAGCGCUGAGGACGCGCACUGUCAUGAGAACGCACAAACCUCGGAAGAAGGUGGCCUCCGAAAUCCAGAGCCUCUACAGACAGUCUCUGCAGGUUGGCCCAGACAGUGCAAUCUUCAGGCAAUUCAUUUCAGAAAAGCUCGAAGAAGCAAAUACAGAUCCUAGCGUUCCUCCCUAUGACUCACUUCAGACCUAUGCGUUUGAGGGGACUGGCUCCUUGGCAGGAUCCCUCAGCUCAUUGGGUUCAAACACUUCAGACAUGGAUCAGAGCUAUGACUACCUUGUGGACUGGGGACCUCACUUUAAGCAGCUUGCAGGCAUGUAUGCUUCACAAAGAACUGUGGGGGAUUAGGCACUUUUUGAAUUGUUCUUUUGUUUUCCUAAGUCUCAGCAACCAAACACAACUGUGGAUUUUUAAAAAGGAAGUCAUCCAGCAUUAAACAGGAGAAAUAAGAGCCCAAAGGUUUUAAUAUGGAAAGUUUUGGAUGUGGAAACCUCUUGAAAGGAAAAAACACACCAGAGGUGUUACCACAUGAAGGGAUGGACGUUAUAGUUUGAAAACCUUGUGGUAAUUUAAGUGCUUAAAUGCAAACCUUGCUGCUUUGGAUAUCUAGAUCCUCUUCUGGAUACUGAAAAUCUGGAUCUUGCUAGUAUAAAAGGAGGAGUAGAAGCCAUAAAUGGAUGUUGUAAAAAUUCUGUCAUCCAUAAGCUUUAAACAAUUUCCAAAGCUGACAGACUUAUGCUGUUGUGGUUGAAUAUAUACAUUAACCAAAGUUAAACAUGCA